UCUCGCGAGAAUUGCACCAGGCAACGGCGCAGCAAGAUGGCGGCGCCGGAGACGGAGGUGGUAACAGCCGCAGGGCCGGGAGCCGGCCUUGGACAGCAAGUGACCAGCAAUGGCACCGCGGGGGGCGGCGAAGGGGUCGUGGAGACUCAGCAGCCGAACCAGCCCCCACAACAAGCCCCGAAUGCCUGGCAGAUCAUCAAAGGCGUCUUAUUCAGAAUCUUUAUUAUCUGGGCCAUCAGUAGCUGGUUUCGUCGUGGGCCAACGACACAGGAUCCAUCCACCCCCGGCGGGGCACCCAGGGCGCCAAGCCGCAAUCUCUUCCCUAAAGACACUUUAAUGGAUCUUCACGUCUUCAUAUCUGAACACGAGCACUUUACCGACUUCAACGCAACGUCGGCGUUGUUUUGGGAACAGCGAGAUCUAGUCUAUGGGGACUGGGCAAGUGGAGAGAAUUCGGAUGGCUGCUACGAGCAUUACACCGAGUUGGAAAUCCCUGAGAGCGUCCAACACAAUGGUUCCAUUUACAUCCAUGUGUACUUCACGAAAAGCGGGUUCCACCCAGAUCCCAAACAGAAGAACCUCUACCGGCGCCUUGCCACGGUUCACACAUCUCGAAUGAUCAAUAAGUACAAACGGAGACGCUUUCAGAAAACCAAGAACUUACUAACCGGGGAAACGGAAGCGGAUCCUGAAAUGAUCAAAAGAGCUGAAGAUUUUGGCCCCGUGGAGGUGAUCUCACACUGGCACCCCAACCUCACCAUCAAUAUUGUGGACGACCACACACCGUGGGUGAAGGGCAGCGUUCCUCCCCCUCUGGAUCAGUAUGUGAAAUUCGACGCCGUGAGCGGCGAUUACUACCCCAUCCUUUACUUCAACGAUUACUGGAAUUUGCAAAAGGAUUACUACCCCAUUAAUGAGACCGUGGAACGGUUGCCCUUCCGCCUUUCGUAUUGCCCACUUUCGCUCUGGCGGUGGCAGCUCUAUGCCGCCCAGAAUAGUAAAUCUCCUUGGAAUUUCCUCGGGGAGGAUUUGUACGGACAAUCCGAUGAGGAGCAGGAUUCGGUCAAGGUCGCUUUGUUAGAAACGAACCCUUACUUGCUGGCUCUGACGAUUGCGGUUUCCAUCGUGCACAGCAUUUUUGAGUUCCUUGCUUUCAAGAAUGAUAUCCAGUUCUGGAACAGCAGGCAGUCCCUGGAGGGCCUCUCCGUUCGGUCGGUCUUCUUUGGGGUGUUCCAGUCCCUCGUGGUCCUUCUUUACAUCCUGGACAACGAAACAAACUUUGUGGUGCAAGUCAGCGUCUUCUUCGGUCUGCUCAUCGAUCUCUGGAAGAUCACAAAAGUGAUGGACGUGCGGGUGAGAAAGGGACACGUAGCUACUCGGCGGAAGAAUUGA